AUGAGAAACCAUACAGUGAUUACAGAAUUUGUUCUCUUAGGCAUCUCAGAUGACCCAAAGCUUCAGAUUAUAAUUUUUAUCUUUCUGUUUAUGGCUUAUGUAUUAAGUGUCACCGGAAACCUAACCAUCAUCAUCCUCACCUUAACAGACUUUCAUCUCAAGACUCCUAUGUAUUACUUCCUGAGGAAUUUCUCCUUCUUAGAAAUUACAUUCACCAGUGUGUCUAUUCCCAGAUUUUUGGGGACAAUCAUUACUAAAGUCAAGACCAUUUCCUAUAACGAUUGUUUAGCUCAGCUAUUUUUCUUCAUCUUCAUGGGUGUGUCUGAGUUUUUUCUUCUCACUGCCAUGUCUUUUGAUCGCUACGUUGCCAUCUGCAGGCCUCUUCACUACACCACCAUCAUGAACAAGAAAAUCUGCACCCUACUGGUCUUUGGGUCAUGGCUGGGGGGAUUCCUUACCAUUUUCCCACCACUCAUGCUCAUCCUCCAGCUAGAUUUCUGUGCUGCCAAUGUAAUCGAUCAUUUCUCCUGUGACUAUUUCCCCAUUUUACAACUCUCGUGCUCAGAUACGUGGCUUUUAGAGAUGAUUGGCUUUUACUUUGCUUUUGUUACUCUGCUCUUCACAUUGGCAUUCGUGAUUCUUUCCUACAUGUGCAUUCUUAGCACCAUUCUGAGAAUCCCGUCCUCUACUCAGAGGAAAAAGGCUUUCUCCACAUGUUCCUCUCACUUGAUUGUCAUUUCCAUCUCUUAUGGGAGCUGUAUAUUCAUGUAUGUCAAGCCUUCAGCAAAAGAAAGAGCAUCACUGACCAAAGGGGUAGCUAUUCUCAACACCUCAAUUGCCCCUAUGUUGAACCCUUUUAUUUAUACCCUGAGGAACCAGCAAGUAAAACAAGCUUUCCAAAACUUGCUUCAUAAAGUAGUGUUUUCUAGAAACAAAUGA